AUGGCAUCAACAAGUAACCUGCAUUCUUUAGAUGACGUCAGGAGAGAGGCAGAGAAGGGUUUUGAUGGGCAGAAGAAGUCUAGAAGGGAGAGGAAACGCUACAAGUGUGAGAAGUGCAGCCGGCAGUUCGGUCAGCUGGAUCAUCUCAAGGUCCACAUGCGGACCCACACAGGUGAAAAACCCUACGGAUGUGGGGAGUGCAGCAGGCAGUUCAGUAGACUGGGGGUUCUGAAGAACCACAUGCAGACCCACACAGGAGAGAAACCUUUCAGGUGCGAGGAGUGCAACAGACAGUUCAGUCAGCAAUGCAAUCUUAAGACCCACAUGCGUACCCACGCUGGUGAGAAACCUUACAAAUGUGAGGAGUGCAGCAGGCACUUCGUUGCGCUAGGUGCUCUGAAGAUACACAUUCGUACUCACACAGGGGAGAAACCCUACAACUGUGAGGAGUGCAGCCGGCAGUUCCGUCAGCUGGGGGUUCUGAAGAGACACAUUCAUCUUACAUACUUUGUAGUUUAA